CACAGGCUCUCCUCCCUCCCUCCCUCCCUCCCAUCACAUUACCUCAUCCCUCUCUGCUGGCUCCAGUCAUCAUAACAAUAUAGUACUGGACACCUGAAACUCAGAUCUGCUGCCUCCUGACUCUGCCUGGCUGAGGCUCCUGCAGGUACUACUACUGCUGCUGGUGCUGGUGCUGCUGCUGGAGUCCCUUGCUGCAAACCAGGCGAUCUUACACCAAAGCCAUUGGAAAGACCGUCCAUAAUGGGUGGAGAGAGGAAGCCACCUCAAGCUAUGCAGGCACAAAAACUGGCCGGGAUUUUGCGAGAGGACAGCGAAGGGGUCCUGGUGAUUGACUGCCGCUCCUUUAGCGAGUACAAUAACCUCCAUGUGGUGGGUUCGGUGAACCUCUGUGGCUCCAAGCUGGCUCGGAAACGUCUCCUGAAAGAGUUACUUGUUUUGCCACGCCAUCCAAAGAUCGACCCUUCCUUCGAGAAGCAGGUGGUGGUUUAUGAUCAGGGUAACCAUGAAAUAUUAGCGGGACAUUUUGUGUCCUUGGUUGUGGGAAAGCUGGAGAAGAAGUACACGUCUGUUUCUUUACUAGAAGGCGGAUUUGCAGAAUUCUCGUCUCAGUUCCCAAAUCUGUGCGAAGGAAGGACGACCACCAACAUACUGCACACAAGCAUAUCCCAGCCCUGUCUCUCCACCUCCACCGUCUCCGUAACGCGCAUCCUACCGCACCUCUACCUUGGCUCGCAAAAUGAUGUCAUGAACCAGGAGGUGAUUAGUCAGAACGGCAUCACUCAUGUGCUGAACGUCAGUUACAGCUGUCCAAAGCCCCUCUUCAUUCCCGACAACCACUUCCUACGAAUCCCCAUCAACGACAGCUACUGUGAGAAGAUCCUGCCCUGGCUCAGCGCAGCCGUUGAGUUUAUAGAAAAAGUGGAAUUGGUAAAUGGUAAAGUGUUGGUCCAUUGUCUAGCUGGAAUCUCCCGCUCGGCAGCUGUCGCGAUUGCCUAUAUUAUGAGGUCCAUGGGACUCUCUCUGGAUGAUGCCUACAGGUUUGUUAAAGAGAAGCGACCUACCAUUUCCCCCAACUUUAACUUCCUCGGACAACUCCUUGAAUACGAAAUGAGUAUAGCCGCUUCUCCACCCACCGGAGCCGACGAUCCAUCUCCUGAAGUCAGUCCUACAGACAGAAGGAGCUUCGAUCGCCCGUGUGCCCAAGAGCAGACGUUUGGGGAACAGCCUUGCCAAAGCAACAGCAAUCUCAGUGCUAACUCUCAGGAAGUAGAGGUAGCGAUCGAGGCUACCAAACUAGAUGGUUCCUGCACAAAAAUGGAGUCCGGAACGACUCUGGAGAGCCGGUUUACCUCCAUGGGGAUCUCCUCAGACCAUCGACGUGAGAUUAGUAGUUUGAAGCGCUCCUUCUCUCUGGACAUUAAAUCCGUAUACACACCUCUAUGCGCCUCCGUCGAAACGCACAACAACUUUCGCACGCCGUCCAUGUCACAGCUGGUGCCGUCCCAGUCGCUCUCCUCCAAGCCGAUGGGUUUGUGGGAUCGCUUUUUGGGCUUUGGACUUAACUUCUUGUAUUACUAUUCGGAAGAGGAAGAGGCUCAACCAAAGAUGGGACAGAAAGAAAGGCCAAAGGAAAACUGGGAGCAACAACAUAGCCCAGAAAAUUUUAAAAAACGACGGGCAAACACAAAGAAGCUCGACGAUGGACCUCAGCGCCCGUUUACGCUAAACAUUCCCAACUGCAAAAGCCAAACCUUUUUAAAGGAGAAGAACUUGGACGUCAGUCCAAGAGCGAGAACUAUUUCCCCUGUGCCUCUGUGAGGGACACACAAGGUCGCCUUCUUCAAAAGCUCCACAUCUCAAAGGCUGCUUGUGUGUAGACAGGAAAGCAUAUUAGGGAUCCAUGAAGAAAUAUUUGAAGAACCUGCUGGUUUUCUUGCCCAAAACCUUUCCUUUUCCGCAUGCUAAAGAUCCCAGAGCGAUGCUCCAGUAGCAGGCUGAGGAAUAACCACGUUAAUUGUUUCUUCAUAUUGAAUGAACAAAACUGAACGAUUUGACGGUUGAUGGUGGCGACCAGAAUUCGGUUUGUGGUGACCUGCGAAUCAUCAGCGAGGCAGGAUCAGAGGUCCGCCGUCUCUUGGGGCUUAAUGUUUGUUGCCCUCAUUUUCGGUUACAGACCUUUUAGAAGGUGUUUAGGCCUCCGCGCUGACUCUCUCCUGUUCCAGUGACCCUCGUAGGCUGGAUACGGAUACGCCUGCAUUUUAUUUGACUUAUUAAGAUUUGGAUAAGAUGGUCAAAUAAGCAGAGACAGCAAAAGCUUUGUGUACCCCAAUACCUUCUACUUCACUUUUGUUUCUUCUUCUUUUUAUCGAGUGAUACGACGAUCCUUUUAGGAAAUCUGGCCCGCUCCUUACCCACCGGGAUACCUGGAUUAUUGCAACAAACUGUCAUCCCAUCUUGAUCCCUGUUAUUGUACAACGAGAUUAGGGGUGAACCUGGUGGCCCUUUGCCUCUAGGCCCUGCGAAAAGGGAUGCCUUAGAAGCUAAGCUAUGUCUGUGACUAUACGUUACCACCUUUAUAUCUUUUCUUCUGUUAUUGCUGUGAUAUUAUUUAAUGAUAACCGCGCAUGUUGGGGGUUGCUCCAUUAGGCAGCGCCGUACAUGACCCACCUCUCAGGAUAAAAAUAAACAAAAAACUUUUAAACACAAAAGGACGCCAUUACCGUCCUCGUCACAAACAGGUGGUAAAAUAUUGUACUUUGACUUGUUUUUGGUUCAUUAUUUAUUUAUAAAUGUAUUUUAAUUUCCUCUCGCUUCUGUCAAUGCCCAUCGAAGCUGCUAGUAUUUCUGUUGUGAUGACAAGUUCGAGUUACUGCACCCAGACUCCGAUACCUGCUAAAAGGACUCCUUUGCAAAGCCUCGGUUUGUUUGUUAAUUUAUUUAUUUAUUUCAGUAGUUAAAAAAAAAUGAGUACUUCCCAAAAGGGGAGGAAAAAAAACAUACAGAAAUAUGAAAGAGAUGCUAUAUACAUUUAAACAUCCUGUACCCCGAUCUGGUAUCUGUAAAUAAUAAUAAUAAAAGAACAGAAACUUUGA